AUGCCAGCAAAUAGCAGGGAGAGAGCCCAAUCCGGUCAAGACAAUAAACGACAACAGCAACACUUCUCCAAGAAGAUCUCGGAAGGUGAAGCAGAUUUAUAUCUCGACCAGUACAAUUUUACUACCACUGCCGCUAUUGUAAGUUCAGUGGACCGCAAGAUCUUUGUCCUUUUACGUGAUGGGAGAAUGCUGUUCGGAGUAUUGAGAACAUUUGACCAGUACGCAAACUUGAUACUGCAAGAUUGUGUGGAAAGAAUAUAUUUCAGUGAAGAAAACAAAUACGCCGAAGAAGACCGCGGUAUAUUCAUGAUUCGUGGUGAAAAUGUCGUCAUGCUGGGCGAAGUAGAUAUCGAUAAAGAAGAUCAACCCCUUGACGCCAUGGAGCGCAUACCAUUCAAGGAAGCCUGGCAGAUUAAACAGCAAAAUGACGAAAAAAGAUUCAAAGAAGAAACUCAUAGAGGUAAAGAAAUGGCCCGUCAUGGUAUCGUUUACGAUUUCCAUAAGUCAGAUAUGUACUAG